UCAGCGCUGAUUGGCCAGAGAGGAACUUCCGGCGGAAGCGGCUCGUGAGGGGACCGGGACCGGGAACGGAGCCGGGACCGGGAGCGGAACCAGGACCGGGAAACGCGACCGAGAACGGGCGGCCGCAGCCAUGAACAUCCGGAACGCGCGGCCCGAGGACCUGAUGAACAUGCAGCACUGCAACCUGCUCUGCCUGCCCGAGAACUACCAGAUGAAAUAUUACUUCUACCACGGCCUCUCCUGGCCCCAGCUCUCUUACAUCGCCGAGGAUGAGAACAGCAAGAUCGUGGGAUACGUCCUGGCCAAGAUGGAGGAAGAUCCCGAUGACGUCCCCCACGGACACAUCACGUCCCUGGCGGUGAAACGCUCGCACCGGCGCCUGGGGCUGGCGCAGAAGCUGAUGGACCAAGCGUCGCGCGCCAUGAUCGAGAACUUCAACGCCAAAUACGUGUCCCUGCACGUCCGCAAGAGCAACCGGGCAGCGCUGCACCUCUACUCCAACACGCUCAACUUCCAGAUCAGCGAGGUGGAGCCCAAGUACUACGCGGACGGCGAGGACGCCUACGCCAUGAAACGGGACCUCACCCAAAUGGCGGAUGAGCUGAGGAAGCAGGUGGAGCAGAAGGAGCGGGGCCGCCCCCCGGCCCCCACCGAGCCCCCCCGGGGUGGGGAUGGGGUCUGCGGCUCGGGGGGGCCCCCCCCGCACCCCCCCACGGGACCCCAGCACCACGAAGACGGGGGGGGCGACAGCAAAGACGUCAGCGAGGUCAGCGAGACCACCGAGAGCACCGACGUCAAGGACAGCUCCGAGGCCUCCGACUCCGCCUCAUAGGGACCCCCCCCCCAAAUCUCUGGGACGCCCCCCCCCCCAAAAAAAUCCCUGGGACCCCCCCGGGGCUCCUGGGGACCCCCUUGGUGCUCGUGGGGGGCAGUAAAGCCCCUCUGCCUCCA